CACGAAUAGCUUUAGCUUGCUAAAUACUAGAGGAAGCUCGGGCCAUCAAAUUUGUAGAAAACGACACUUCGUCGACUGAAAAAUACAAAGAGAGGCGACACUCCGCUGCAGGAGGUUUACCUGCACCCUUUAAAGGUGUCCCCAAUGGCGACCAACAUAGUCAUGGAUACAAUGGUGCCUCCUCAUCCUGUUCCAGCAUCGUUGGCUACAGCUCAAAAUGGGACUCCCAUCCAGGAGCCAGUGCUGGCUGAAAUACCUGAGACAGAGGUGACUUCGCAGCCCAUUCCUGCCCUAGCUGCCACUCAGGCUCAGCCUUCACAGCCAUAUAUCGCUGGUGGCCUUGCGCCUGAUUCUGAGCUGCCCCAGGCUCCUCUGCCUCCACCACCACCACCACCGUCCUGCACUAAGAACCCCAACUGCAAGAUCAUGACCUUUCGUCCAACCAUGGAGGAAUUUAAAGACUUUGCCAAAUACAUUGUCUACAUGGAGAGUGAAGGAGCUCAUCGUGCUGGGCUAGCCAAGGUGAUUCCACCGGAAGGUUGGAAACCACGGAAAUCCUAUGAAGCCAUUGAAGAUAUGGUGAUCCCAGCUCCCAUCAUGCAAGUGGUGACUGGUCAGUCUGGUCUGUUUACCCAGUACAACAUCCAGAAGAAGUCCAUGACAGUGGGGGAGUACCGGAAACUGGCCAACAGUAAAAAGUACUGCACGCCACGGCAUAAAGACUUUGAUGACCUUGAGAGGAAAUACUGGAAGAACCUGACUUUUGUGUCACCUAUCUACGGGGCGGAUGUUAGUGGAUCUAUCUAUGAUGAGGACAUUCAAGAAUGGAACAUUGGCCACCUGAAUACACUGCUCGAUAUGGUGGAGCAAGAGUGUGGAAUCGUCAUAGACGGUGUGAACACUCCCUACCUGUACUUUGGCAUGUGGAAGACCACCUUUGCCUGGCACACUGAGGACAUGGAUCUCUACAGCAUCAACUACCUGCAUUUUGGCCAGUCCAAGUCUUGGUUUUGUUUUCAUAUAGAAUUAUGAAACACCCUGCAUUAUUUGUGCUCCCUUGCAGGUUUCUUCCCUGGUAGUUCCCAAGGGUGCGAUGCUUUCCUUCGUCACAAGAUGACUUUGAUAUCUCCGUCCAUCCUGAAGAAAUACGGCAUUCCCUUUGACAGGGUAACUCAGAAUGAAGGAGAAUUUAUGAUAACUUUUCCUUAUGGCUACCACGCUGGCUUCAACCAUGGCUUCAACUGUGCUGAAUCCACAAACUUUGCCACUCUGCGUUGGGUUGACUAUGGCAAAACGGCUACUCAGUGCACCUGCCGUAAGGAUAUGGUCAAGAUCUCCAUGGAUGUUUUUGUGCGCUGCCUCCAACCGAAUCGUUAUGACUUGUGGAAGCAGGGAAAAGACAUCAUAGCGUUGGACCACAGUCGGAUCACAGAGCUUAGCAGCCCAGAAUUGGAGCGCUGGAGACAGCAUCGUGUCACAUAUAGAGCAAACCUCCUACGCAGGGCCAUGCAGAAAAUGAAACAGUUCCGCCGUCUUAAGCUGGAGGAGGUGAAGGUGUUGGCAGAAGAGGGCAUUGAGUUAAAUGCUGCUGAAUACCAGCGUCAAGUAGAAGAGCGGGAAGCCCAGCGGAAGCAGGAGAGAGAGGAGCGUCUUGCCAGAGAGGCCAUGAUGACCCUCGAAGCCAUGGAGCGAAGGGACCUGGAGGCCGCAGAAGCUGCCUCAAAAGCAAGUGAAAACUCCACUCAAGAGGAUCUAGAGGCCCAACAGCAGAGCAUGACUGACAAUAUGACAGACGAUGUUGAAAUAAAGCCGAAAAAUGCCGCCAUCACUGGAUUUCAAGAAGCAUUUGAACAGUUUGCUGCGUCACGGUCUGUCAACGUAGAUGACACAGAGGAAAUAAGUUGCGACCAGAAAACAGUUUGUCCGGCAAGCUACUCCAGCAUGAAGGUGACAACCGAGGUUAAGAAGAGCCGACGCCACCCCCUCACCAAACCACCCAUGCGAUCUCCGUUGUCAGUUGUCAAGCAAGAGCCGACUGGUUCCAAAGAACUUUCCUCACCCGUGCCACAGAAAAGCAGCACGGAGGAAGAAGAUGACCUCUGGCAGAAUCGCUUCCGCAACUUCUUGGCUGAGAAAGCUUUCAAUUCUGCUGUGUCAGUACUCCAGCCACACUGUGCGGUCUGCUCCCUCUUCUGUCCAUAUAAAAAGCCAAACCAUGAGCCCAGCAAUGUCAACGGCUCCCAGCGCACCCAAAUCCCAUGCCAUGGAAGUCGAACUCGUCCAAUCGUCCCCGAGAUGUGCUUUAGUGUUGGGACAGGCAGCGCUGAGCCUCCCCCCACUAGCAACUACAUUGGGGAGGAUGGAACCAGCGUCUUGAUAUGUUGCUCCUCAUGCAACGUGCAGGUUCAUGCCAGUUGUUUUGGCGUUAACCCGGACAUAGUCCAAGAUAAGUGGACAUGUUCUAGAUGUGCGGCAGGCGCCUGGGCAGUGGAGUGUUGCCUCUGCAACUUGCGGGGAGGAGCUUUAAAGGUUACCGUAGAUAACAGGUGGGUCCACAUCAUCUGUGCCAUUGCUGUGGCCGAAGCUCGUUUCAUCAAUGCCAUUGAGAGGGAGCCAGUAGACGUCAGUGCUGUUCCAGAAACACGGAAAAAUCUGGUAUGUGUGUUCUGCCAUGGCAAGACUGACAGUAAGAACCGUGGUGCAUGCAUCCAGUGUUCAGAGGAGAACUGUGCAACAUCUUUCCACGUUACAUGCGCCCAAAUUGCUGGAGUUGUCAUGACACCAGCCGACUGGCCCUACAUUGUGUCUGUCACCUGUCACAGGCAUAAAAAAAUGACUCUGAAGCCACGAACACCAGCCAAAACGCCCCUGCGUCCGACCCUGGGUCAAAGGGUAAUUGGUCGCAACACUGAUAGCUGGUAUUACCAUUGUACCAUCAUCGGCAUGGCAACGCAAACCUUCUACGAGGUCAACUUUGACGACGGCUCAUAUUGCGACAACAUAUACCCGGAAAAUAUAACAAGUCAUGACUGCCUGCGUAGCGGUCCUCCUGAUGUGGGGGAGUUGAUUGUGGUCAGCACGACUGACGGUCAACACCUCAAUGCUUCCUUUGUCAAACAACACACCCACAAGCUCUACCAGGUUGAGUUCCAGGACAAAAGUCAGCUCUUGCUGAAGCAUUCAGAGAUCCAUCUGCUGGACCAGGAACUGCCCAAGAGGGUCCGGACUCGCCUUGCCAUACCUACAUCCCAGGAGGAGACUCCCUUAGCCGACGGAGCCGGAGCGGCCAAGCGUCGUUGCCUGCCCACCACCUCGACCCCGCGCACCAAUGCCCUGCCCUCCGCAUGUACCCCACGCACCAAUGCCCCCAUGGCAACGAUAUCCUCACCCCAGCCGACCACCCCUGUAGCAGCACCGGCGUCAAUGCAGUUUAGCAGCACGAGUAAACUUCCGGCCUCACAAUUUCUCUCCUCCAUGAGUGCGAGAUCAUCUGCGGUACCCGUGUCCCCCAGUGCUACUCCGAUGCUCCCGGAAACUCCAAUGGACACAGGCGGUGCCCUGUCUCAUGUUUUGACAGACUUGAACUUGGCCUCGGACCCAACCCUAAUGCCCCAGUCCGCCCCUUUCCAGUGCCAGCUGAACUCCGAUCCCCUUUUGUCAGCGCAAUCCCCUGCGCCACCCUCACAUAACAUUUCAGACAGCUACAUGCCGAGCAGCGGCUACGUCUCCUACAUGGAGACCCUCCUGCAUUCACAUUUCCCUGAGGACGAGGGGCCGGCGACUUUGUUUUAGACAACAGCUCCACUGCGCCAUAACUCGGCACCAAAUGGGAUGGAUGCUAAAAGAGGGAAAGUGUGGAGAGUGCUGCAAUUGCAAUUGAACACAAAUAUGUUGCACCAGCUCUCAAAGACAUGAAAGCACUCUUUUAAUGCACGGAACUUUUUUUGACAUGAUCUAAUUGCAGUGGCGCUUACGCAGCAGCUACAUAGGACGGGAAUUUUUUUUUGUCUCAUUUUGUUUCUGCUAUUAUUAUUAUUAUUAUUAUUAUUAUUGUUCUUGUUGUGGUGGUGGCGUUUUUUUUUUUUUUUUUUUUGUAUUAUUAUUUUGGACUCUGUGCUUUUGCGUUGUCUCUGGGUGGGAUCAACUCAGUACCUCGUUGCAAGGUUCACUAUUGGAAGGCUCACAUUAUUGGUGUUAGGAAGCCAGUACUGAUAGUUUCAAGUAUGUCCUGUACAAAACAGUUUCUUUUCUACACGUCAAAGUAACCAGCAACAAAUGGAUCUAUUUUUCCUUCGAGCCAAGUGCAGCUUUAACAGCUGCACACAUACAAUGUUCUUCAACAGGAAUUUUCACUCAAGUGUUUUUUUUUCGUGCAAGAGGUAAAUGCAGCAAUGGGUUUAAAAUGUAUUAUUGGUAAAGUCAGUAUUUAAAUGUCUUAGAUAUUGAAUGAAAUAUAAUAGGAAAACAUUCAGUAUCAGUCCACAGAAUACGUUGUGAACAUGUGACACGGUAGUUAACAAAAAAGGCCUUGUAUGUAUUACCAUUGUUCAAUGGUCUUUGAGUGACUCCCAGUUUUCACUUGCAAAACAUGUCUCAGGGUUCCUACACUCACAAAAUAAAUAUAGUUGAGGGCUUUGUACUGCUAAAAAAAAAAAUGAAUUAAGUUGAAAAUUCUAUAGUGAUGUGGAGUGAUCUACUCACUAAAAUUUCAUUUGAAAAAUUCAUUAAAAUGAUCCACUUUUAGUAAAUUUGUUGUAUAAACAUAGGAACCCGAGGGUAUGAUGCAAUGUAUAAACUCUAUGUUGUAUGAUUAUAGUGUGUGUCUUUUCUAGUUCAUCUUUUGGAUCGACGUUGAAAGCUUGGCCAUUUUCAAACAUUUUUAUAGGAUUUCCUGGGCAGAUCACUGAAGUGGCACCGACAUGUUUGUUUUCUCCAGCCGUUUUUGCUGCAGAGAUCUUAAAACUACUGAUAGACUUUUUUUCACUUUCAUCUUGUACAUAGCAAAGGUCUUGCAUAUUGUGAUUGAAAUCUGUAAACGUCAAACAUGAACACCCCCCACCCAUCCAUCAUAACCGAGAAAAUGUUUGGCUUUGUCUUCAAAGUAAUUCAAACCAAGAAAGAAACCUUAUUUCUUAGGGAUUAAAGUGGCUUGCUCGUCACCA